AUGCCGUUUGCCUCAUUUGCCAACCACAAACCUGCUUGCGCUGGCAUGGAAGUACGUGCUAAAACUCAUGAGCCAGAUCAAUACAAGAUAGCAUCGAGAGCGAUAAUGGACUUAAAGAAGUCAUUCCCUUUGACAAAGUCAAUUCAACUUGAUAUGGAACCAUGGUUCAAUAAUCCGUAUACAACAAUCGUCGCCGACUUCGAGUACAGUUCUCAAUUGCUUGACACCCUGGGCCACGAUGCUAUUUUCCAGAUUGCAGUUUCAAACGCCCUAGGGGAAUGGAUUGUCCCCCCGCCCUCAAUCAAUCAUCAUAUGUCAACACGUGAAUAUUUCGAGAAACUGACAUCAUGCUGUAAGAAACAUGGAGGAGGCCAAAAUACUUAUCAUGGGCUCUUUUAUCAAGGACAAUUUGAAAAGUACUAUGGAAGUAUUGACCAAAUGACUACCCAAGGGCUAUCGUGGAAUGAAAUUGGCGACUUGUUUGAUUCUUACAUGAAGAAACAUGGGAGCUUGCAGAUCUUUCUUGAGUGGUCGCAGAAUCGUGGAGACUACCGAUGCUUACAGAAAGGAUUGAGGAUAACUAAGAAAGCCAACUUGAUGCCGCCGCUGCCGAAUAAAUCGGGAAGCCCUUUGGCAUAUCAAAAUAUUACUAAUUUCUCAGGUCAAGAGGAAGUUUCAGAGGAACCAACGUCGGUGGACUAUAACGACGAGGACGAGGAAUAUUAUGACGAGUUGCCUGAUACUGAGAUGCAAUAUUUAUAUGAAGAGCAAGGCUCAUUCAAUGAGGAUGCCUUGGAACACAUGGUUAAUGCCGGGCUUAUCCCAUCGGCAGAGGAAGACGAAGAGUGGCAGGAAGGGGGUUUGGAUGAGAAUGCUACCUCGUAA